AUGGCAUAUGAUGAUGACAAUAUUGGUGAUUGCGCAUCAUCAAGAAGUGAUGUCGAAUCUCUUUAUAAUCAUAUGGUCGACAGAAAAGUUGCUUUAGAAAAGAAAUUAAGAACGACAUCGCAAAAAUUAAAUGCUGUCCAAAUCAAGAUAAACCAAUUCCGAAGCAAAGUAGAAGUUAAUAAUAUAGAACUGGAGGAGAUGAAGGAAAAAUUCUUUGAUCAUAAGAAGUUGGAAUCCAAUAAAUAUUUUGAUCCAAUUAAAAAAUUGGUGUUAUCAGCUAAUCACAAGAGGAAAAUGCAUUUGACUGUUUUGAAAAAAAAGGAUGGCUCUUACUGCAUCAAAUUUUUGCCAAUCAUUGGAGUGAUUCAAACAUUAGAUGUUGGCAUUUUGAAAUUUGCUGUCAUCGAUUUGAAAUCUGAUAGCAAACGACCUGUUUAUUUUAAAAAGUAUAUCAAAUAUGGAAUUAACAUUCGAGAUACAAAGAAAUUCACUUUAGAACAACUUAAGCAAUUUACUGAGAUGGCGUAUAAAGCUUACGUCGAUUGGUUGAAACCGAUUAUUGAAACUG